AUGCCGAACGGCAGACGCACAGUGGUUGAGUUCUCACUCACCUCUUGUCCACUCGGUUCGACUCCUGUUGCCGUUCACUUCCACUCUUCAACCUCCCCUUGGCUUGGGGAGUUGGGGGACUACAUGAUCACCAUCGGCAUACGAUGGAAGACGUGCGUACUUGGGUCAGAACGCCGGAGCUCAAGGACAAGCAAGUCCCCAACCAAGAAGUCCCUUCUCGAUCUGUUUGUACCAUAUCUAACCCCUCACUCACGUUAUGGCACAUGGACCAUAAACAAGGCGGGGACCAGCUCAGUGGGCCAUGCCGAAAGGUUGAUCGGCAUACUCCACUGUUUCAUACUUGGUCGGCAAGUUGGAAAAGCACCUACAACUGGCACCCCCACCAACCUUCAGCACACAAUACCGAGCGACCAGUCAGCACAUUCGGCCGAUUCCGAUAGAUAA